AUGAGACUUGAACAACAAAGACCAGCAUCACGUGGAUGGAGAAAUCCAAAUGAACAUCAGUUAUUCACUACUUGUCAUGUUCAACAACUCGCAUACUCGUCUCGAAAUAAAUCUCGUCCCAGUGGCAGAUUUAGAUAUAGAAGAGGAGGAUCGAUGGAGUCGAACAAUCACGAUCAAAGAAACGAGCUUUAUUAUUCACAGAACAAAACACAAAAUAAUCGAAAUGCUAUCUCUAAUAAAGAAGCAAUCUCUGAGCAUUUAGCAGCCUUGAAACAUGUUUUUGACAGAGUCGUUAUCGAACAGUUCUUGUCCAGGGCAAGUCUUGAAGAAGCCGUACGCCUAUAUAAUCAAUUCCGGACUACUAUCCUUGCCAAAAAACCAGGAGCUCAAGUUACUCUGUAUGGUUCCGUAUCUUUCGCUUGUUGUUUGAACGACUCGGCUGUUAUCGAUAUUGAUGUUCAAUGCAAUGGGCUUUUACCUUACAAUACUCUAAGAGAAGUACUCGAAAUUGUUCAUAAUUCUGGUUUGUACAAGAAUAUUCGUCUGAAUACAGAUCAUGAGCCAUGUUGUAUUUCUUUGGUCGUACCGGAAACGAACAUCCAUAUCCGAGUGACAUCAAAUUACAAUCGAGGCAUUUAUUCUUCUGAAAUGAUUCGCCUCUACAUAAGAUUCGAUCCACGUGUACUUCCAUUACUACGACUCUUUCGAUUUUUUGCCAAGAUAUGUUCUCUGGAUAAACCUGAUUUGGGCACUCUUCAUCCGAUCGUUUUUCAUCUCAUGCUAAUUCAUUUUCUGCAACAAAUUCAAGAGCCGGUUCUACCUUGUCUUCAUGAAUAUGUAUUUGGGGCUGAUAACAUACUGGUGACACCCAGUGACGAUCACACAAACGAAUUUCAAUCAAAGGAAGAUGAAGUUGAAGAUCUACAAGACACAGACAAUACUUACAGUCUGGAAGAAGAUAUAAUUGAACAGCCUUUAUCGUUCGAUACACUCGUUGAACAUCUCGAUGAGAAUCAAAAGCGUAUCUUCAAACUUGAAUACCAACGGCAAGUUCGUGAAUUCAAUGGAAAAAUGCUAACAAUCAUCAAUGACUUCAAAUUAUUAUCGACAUCUGAUUCGAGUACAUUGUUUCUUGCUGACAAUGUCACUGAUGAACCUCACUCUCAGAAACUCAUAGGAGAUUGUCAUGUUUCUGUUCCAUCAAUUGUAGUCAAUCCGCAGUCGGUUCAACUCGAGGAAAUUAUUGCCACAAAUAUACUGUCAUCGUUGGAAGCGAUUUCACUCGAUAACUCUGUCCAAGGUAUCCAUGAGUUUCAAGCAAAAAAUUUUGGAGCUGAUAAAGGUGCUCCGUCAGUCUGUACCGUGUGCUAUAGAAGUAAUCAUAUCAAGUUCGAAUGUCCCGAAUUAUCAUUGCUGGAGAUAAUCGAUUUGCCUAAAAUCGAGAAAAUAUGGUCUGAUGUACUCUCGUGUCUUUGUCGAAAAAUGGCAGAAGAAUGUAAACCGACUAAGGAAGGUAUUGAAGAACGCGAAACAAUCUUAAAUUAUCUUGAAAUGGAAUUUCGAAAAACAUAUCCCAAUAGUCGUUUAUGUGCGUAUGGUUCAUUCUAUAAUGGUUUUGGUCUUCAACAUAGUGAUCUCGAUAUUUGUGUUCUAUUAGAACUGAAUAAAAAAGAAACUACCAUUCAAGUUCUGGAAAACUUAGCUCAAUCCAUGGAAUCAAAUAAGAAUAUAUUCAGAGCUGUUGAAAUAGUGCGAAGCGCUAGAGUACCGAUCGUUCGAUCAAUACAUCUUCAGUCUAGCAUCGAAAUCGAUAUUAGUCUCAACAACACUCUGCCUAUUGAAAAUACUCGACUACUGAAAAUGUAUUCAGAUAUUGACCCACGUGUGCGCGAACUUGGAUCCGUAAUGAAAACUUUGGCAAAAAAAUGUGAUAUUGGUGAUGCGAGCCGUGGAACAUUGUCGAGUUAUGCAUAUACGAUCAUGGUGAUACACUUUCUCCAACAAAUUCAACCACCUGUUGUACCCGUUCUGCAGCAAUUGAACGAUGUUCAAUUAACCAACACUCCUAUCAUUCGAAAAUGUGCUAAUUGGAAUAUUUACUUCUACGAUGAUUUAACCAAACUCAAUCAAGUGUGGAGCGGUUACGGAUUGAACACAUUAUCAUCAGGUGCAUUAUGGAUUGAAUUUUUACGCUAUUAUACCGAACAAUUUGAUUAUGAGAAACAUAUUGUCACCAUUCGGCAAUAUGAACCACUAUUACGUUUUGAAAAAGGAUGGUUCCGUCCAACUAUUGCUAUCGAAGAUCCAUUUUCCGAUAGAUUGUCUCUACAAAAAUGGGCAACUAUUCGUCGUGUAUUUCUUCAUGCUCGACAGCAAUUCUGCUCACAGCCAAACAUCAUCGAUAUUAAUAUGAGCAAACCGAACAUGGAACAAUUGCAGGAAUACCUUUUUAACAAGCAUGCUCUAUGUCCAGAAAUUGCAGACAAGUUAAGCAAAAAAGACUCAUGCUCCGAUGAUAUUAGUAAACAAAGUCGAACACAACAACAUCCAAAUAAAAACAAAAGAAAAAAGCCAGAAGAAAAAAAGCCCUCGAUUAUGACAGACAUUCAUACGGAUCUCAGCACUAGAAACUUUGAUAAACAAAACCAGAAACGGCAAACAAACUCGACUGGUAGAGGUGCAGAUCGCGUCUUCGUCAGUCACAGAAGACCAACAACUCGAUGGCCUCCGUGUUAG